GCCACCCGUCAUACCCAGGACAGCGUGCCGGGCACAACAAGCUCAGCGGUCGAGCUGCUCAAUCCCGCCGCCGUAGUCCCUCCCCGGCUACAGAGGACCCCCCGCCGACACGCCUGGCUCCGCUCCGACAGAGAAAUGAGCUCGGCGUCCGACGACCACACGUUAUUUACGUGAGCGCGUGACGACAGUUUCUUCUCGGAAACACACACAUUAUCACCUCACACACACACACACACAUACAUACACACACACACACGCGCAGACAGACGACCCGCCGGUCUGCUGUUUACCAACCGACCAUCUCGGUGUCAGGACGGUCCCACCCGCUCGUGCCGACAACCAUGGCGGAGAGGAGCGGCCGGCUGAGUUUCCCCGGGAGCGGGGCUCUCAACCGACCGGUGCCCAUGAACCUGUUCGCAACGUGGGAGAUAGACGGAUCCUCCCCGAACUGUAUCCCGAGACUGUGCAGCCUGACUCUUAAAAAGCUGGUGGUGUUGAAGGAGCUUGAUAAAGAGCUGAUUUCUGUGGUCAUCGCAGUCAAGAUUCAGGGCUCCAAACGCAUUUUGAGGUCCCAUGAGAUUGUGCUGCCACCUAGUGGGUCAGUGGAGACUGACCUGGCUCUCACCUUCUCCCUGCAGUACCCACACUUCUUGAAAAGAGAAGGCAACAAGCUGCAGAUAAUGCUCCAGAGACGGAAAAGGUACAAGAAUCGAACRAUUUUGGGCUACAAGACUUUGGCUGUGGGAUCUAUCGAUAUGGCAGAGGUGAUGCAGCACCCGACAGAGGGAGGUCAGGUUCUGCCUCUCUGCAGCAACCAGAAAGACAUGUUGGGGAAAGUGGCCGAGAUCUGGAUCUUCUCCCUGUCCAGUCAGCCGAUAGACCACGAGGAUGCCGCCCUGCAGGGAGGACAGAAGAUCAAAUGCACUGAUAACUACUCGGAAGAAGAGUAUGAGAGCUUCUCCUCGGAGCAGGAGGCCAGCGACGAUGCAGUGCAGGGACAGGAUCUUGAGGAUGAUGAGUUUGAUGUGAGGAAACCAAAGAAGCAGAGGAGGUCCAUUGUGAGGACCCCCUCUAUCACCAGGCAGCAGAACUUUAAGCAGCGAGUGGUGGCACUGCUGAAGCGCUUCAGAGUUUCUGAUGAGGUGCUGGACUCGGAGCGGGACCCGGCGGAGCCGCCUCCUGAGGUGGAGGAGGAGGAUCUGGACCUGGACAGUGUGGAGUUUGAGAACCCCAGCGACAGCUGCCCGGAGCUGGACGAUGACGACAGUGUCCUCAGCACGCCAAAACCCAAACUAAAGCCAUACUUCGAGGGACUGUCCCUCUCCAGCUCCCAGACCGAGAUCGGCAGCAUCCACAGCAGCCGGAGCCACAGAGAGCCGCCGAGCCCGCUUGAUCUGGACAAAACCAAGUGCGGCGACUCUACGUUCGCAGACGAUGGCGGCCGUGACAACGCCACCUUUGAGCAACCCGAGGCGGUGACUCCCACCACGGAGCUGGAAAUGGACAACAUGGACACGUUUCUAGAGAGACUGCCACCAAGUGGCAAAAUGACCAAGACAGAAUCGCUCAUCAUUUCAUCCAACAGGCAGGAAGCGAAGCUGGCAGGGCGGCGAGGUCGGAGCACGUCCCUGAAGGAGCGCCAGCCCAGCAGGCCCCAGAACGAGAGGGCCAACAGCCUGGACAACGAGCGGUCCCUGGACACACGCUGCCACCUACAGAUCCCAAGAAAAACYGUUUAUGACCAACUGAACCACAUCCUGGUGUCCGAUAACCACCUUCCUGACAGCAUCAUCCUCAUCAACACGUCAGACUGGCAAGGUCAGUAUCUGUCGGAUUUGCUGCAGAACCACCACCUGCCCGUGGUCUGCACAUGCACCACGGCCGACAUCCAAGCUGCUUUCAACACCAUUGUCUCUCGCAUCCAAAGAUUCUGCAACUGUAACUCCCAGACGCCCAUUCCCAUAAAGAUUGCAGUGGCCGGAGCGCAGCACUACCUCAGCGCGRUUCUGAGGCUCUUUGUGGACCACCUCUCCCACAAGACCCCGGACUGGCUCGGCUACAUGAGGUUCCUCAUCAUCCCCUUAGGUGCGCAUCCCGUCUCCAAGUACCUCGGCACGAUCGAUCAUCGCUACAACAGUUUGUUCCAAGACGCCGCCUGGAGGGAUCUGUUCCACAAGACWGAGGCUCCCGUGAUCGUUCAGGAGAGCCCUGACGUGGUGUCAAGGGUCACGCAGUACAUGGAGGGAGCGAACGGAGCCCACCAGCUCCCCAUCGCCGAGGCCAUGCUCACWUACAAGCAGAAAAGCCCUACUGAGGAUUCCUGUCAAAAGUUCAUCCCAUUUAUUGGGAUGGUGAAAGUUGGCAUUGUGGAGCAAACAUCUGCAGCAUCAGGAGACUCUGAUGAYGCAGCACCUCUGAGCUCGUCUCUGCUCUCCUCCACACCUCCUCAAGUGUCCCCCGCUUUUAAAGAGGCUUCGCCSACACCGCCGCCUUCUCCCUCCACCAACACCAGCUUCUGUGCUCUCAGUUCCAGCAGCCAGGCUGAGCUGAUGGGCCUUCAGGUGGAUUACUGGGUGGCUCCGACGGAGAGGAAGAAAGACGUGGAGAAGCGGGACUCCUCCUCCAAAAACACUUUGAAGUGCAAUUUCCGCUCGCUGCAGGUCAGCCGGCUUCCACCAGGGGGCGCAGAGCCAAGCCCCCAGCCCACCAUGUCAAUGACUGUUGUGACCAAGGAGAAAAAUAAGAAGGUCAUGUUUCUGCCGAAGAAGAGCAAAGACAAGGAGGUCGAGUCGAAGAGUCAAGUGAUUGAAGGCAUCAGUCGCCUCAUCUGUGCUGCCAAGCACCAGCAAACCAUGCUGAGAGGUCAGAUUAUCUGCUGGGUUUUCUGCGGCCAACGCGAGUUUGUUCGUCACAGCUCUCAGCCUGUGUGCCCUGCUUUCUCUUACGUAGAGGUAAACAACCGGCUGGCUGCUGCGAGCCACCAGAGCUGA